AUGGAGCCGCCAGCCGAACUCCGCAACAUCAUCGGGAAGUUGGCUCAGUUCGUCGCCCGAAAUGGCAGCGUGUUCGAGGAAAUGACUAAGCAAAAGCAGCGCAACAAUCCGAAGUUCGAGUUCCUUUUCGGAGGACCCUUCCACCAAUACUACAUUCGACAAGUUAAAGCUCAGCAAGCGAGUAAGUUACGCUUCAUCAAGAUCCAGAACCAGGUCAAAGCUCCUCUGAUCCGGUCUCCGCCAUCGUCAUCGUCACAGUCCCAUGGUCCUCCCGAACCAUGGGUCGAGGGACCCGCCUGGGCCGCGCCAGGACCCUCUGGAAACGUACUCGCACCGCCGCCGGGACCGCCUCCGGCACUCGUGCCGCCCCCGAUGCCACCGCUGGCGGGUCCACCUAUGCCCCCUGGAGCGGAAUGGGGUCCCCUCGCUGCGCCCUGUCAUCCGUCAGAAGCUGUGCAGAGUAUCCAGAAACAAAUCCAGGAGUGUCAAACCCAAAUCCAGCAGUCGGAGGCCAAUUUAGCGGCACAACACGGAUGCCUCAUGCAGCAGCAACAGAGAGCUCUCGACGAUGCGAUACGCGAAGCCGUCUGUCAGAAAAACGCGUCGUGGGCUCAAGACGCCGGUCUGGAUUUGGCUGACUUCGAUCGGAAACUGACAGCCGUCAUGGAGCAGUGUACCAAAGAAGCGAUCGCUCAUGGGAAGUCGUGGAUUCUGUCCCGAGCCACCAACGCAAUGAGAGCCCAUUGCGUUUGCCAACACCUUCUCCGCCGCUGCAUGGAUGUCGGUAUACCGUUUGAUCACAAACUCCACAUUGUGUACUUAGUCAACGACCUGCUCCACCACUGUCAGAGAAAAGGUAUUGAUCUGAUGAGUCCGGCUCUAAAAGAGAUCGCGGUCCCGCUAUUCUGCUCUGCGCUCAACGAAGCGCCCUCGGAGAAAGUGUGUAAACUUGAAAAACUGAGGAAUUUGUGGGCUGCGAAUCAGUAUUUCGACGAAUCAACAAUCGCACAAUUGAAUGAUCCCGUGACGAGUAUGGCGAACUACCAAGCGAGAUUGCUUGCUGAAAACAGUGAAGUGAGUCAGAAGGUCAGCGCCGACAUCCAAACGAAGUACACCUCGUACCAGAAACAGCACAUGGAGUUCGUGGCUCAUCUGACGCAACAAAUUGCUCGGCUUCAAGUCGACCUCCAGGCUGAGGAACUGAGAACGCAAGAGCCACCCACGCCUGCUACCCCCAUACCUCCUAUACCUGUACCUUCAAUAUCGCCCAUUGCUCCCGCAGCUCCCCCCCAGUGGAGGAGCUCCGCAGCAGCGGAGACCAACGGUCUGCGGACUUAUGCAGAACGACGUGAGGGCGAGCAAAUGAUGUAUGCUGGUAGCUCAGACUAUGCAGAGAGGAGAGAACCGUCCGAGUAUCCGCCGUCCUACGAAUAUAAUUAUAUCCAACCAGAAGUCAUGCCAGAAUCUUUUGUUCCGGACCUUCCGUAUUACAAAUUACCCGCUGGUCUGAUGGUGCCCCUCGUAAAGCUGUCUGACUGCACCUACGAGCCGAUUGACGCGAAAGAUUUGCGCCUUCCGCCGAAGUUACCCCCGAGCGAGCAUCUUCUCGCCGCUCUCGACGCCUUCUACGCUCCUCCCACCCACGAACGACCGAGAAAUUCUGAAGGCUGGGAGCAAUUGGGCCUAUACGAGUACUUUAAAGCUAAGAACAGCGCAAAGAGCGAACGAUACAAGAGCGCAUCUGUGCCGGUCGACGGCUACACGAGCGCCGGCGACUCAGAGGAUGAACAGCAACGCGUCGAAGAAGUGGAAAGAACGGAACGUAAUCGGAGAAUCGCAGAGAGGGAGGCGAGACGCGUUUCUCGGAGACGAUUCAGGGAAACGCCUCCUCCAGAUGCCGAACCACCCUCGAUGUCCCCGAGUCCACCGCCCUCGAGACGGGAUGCUGGCGACAGUUCAUCGCCAGAACGAUCCCGGUACGCACAACAAGGGCCAUCAAGACGACGAAAUAUAUCACCCUCACGUAGACGAAGUUUAUCUCCGGAAGUACGACCAUCUUUCGGUAUGCAGCCCUCAGUAGCUGCUCCAACGCGGCUCGAUGAGUCGAACAAGGGUCACCAGCUGCUCAAGAAAAUGGGAUGGGGAGGCGCGGGACUUGGGGCGACCGAGCAGGGAAUCGCCGAACCGAUCAAAGGGGGCGAGAUUCGUGACAGGAGCGAAAUGUACAGAGGUGUUGGCAUGUCAACGUCGUCCGAAGAUAUGUACGAAAUGUACCGUAAGAAUCGGGGACAACAAUUCAUCAGCAGGAUGAGAGGUGAUGGCCGUUGAGAUCACUGUGGAAUAAUUACGAACACACAGCGUGGAAUAAAAGAAGUUCUCAAGG